AUGGGCUCAAGGAUAUUGUUCUCAGGCUACAAUCAUGGAUUGCAGAUAGGGGCCAACUACGGAUCGGUCACAAACGAAUUUAGCCCUCCAUUGGACCUUGACGAUAAGUUGUCUCCCGCGCCUGGGGCUACCUCCGACUCAUACGAAGAGCAACAUGGAGACCAAUGUCUUCCAGGCACACGCACUCAAAUCAUCUGCCAAAUCAAAGAAUGGGCAUUAUCCCCCCAGGGCAGAUGCAUAUUCUGGUUGAAUGGGGUUGCUGGAACUGGAAAAUCGACCAUCUCUCGAACUAUGGCAAAGGUCUUCAGUGAAUCAAAAUCACUGGGAGCAAGCUUCUUCUUCAAGAGAGGUGAAGGGGAUCGAGGUAACGCGAGAAAGUUCUUCCCAACAAUCGUCAGGCAGUUGACGAGUACCAUUCCGCAAAUAAUGCCAUUCGUCCAGCAAACACUCCGCGAUAGCCCAGAUAUCACGAAAAAGGCCAUGCGCGAGCAAUUCGAAAAGCUUCUCCUAGAGCCUCUCCAGAGCCUUGAGGGAUCUCAUCAUUACCCGGACUAUAGUGAUAGUGGUUGA